AGAGGCUGCUGAGAAAGGGAGGGAAACGGUUGGCCCCGCCCCUUUCAAGAAAAGAAUCACUCAACACUGCGCAUGCCAACAAGACACAGAUUUCCCCCUUCCUCCUCCGCACUCCCUGAAGUAGGUGGGGCGAACGCAACCGCAAGGGCGUAAAGUCCCGCCCCCACCCUGCGAUUGGCUCUUUCCCCUGCUCAGUCUCCUAGCAACACGGCUGGCGUCGCCACAGCAGCCCAGGGAGGUCGCUCGCACACUCUCUGAGGGCGCUUCUUCCAGCUGGGCCCGGGCCUGGGCCGAAAUCGGGCGCCAUGUCGACGCGGACGCUGCCGCUGCUCUUCCUCAACCUGGGCGGGGAGAUGCUCUACAUUCUGGACCAGCGGCUGCGCGCGCAGAGCAUCCCGGGAGAGAAGGCGCGCAAAGUUAUGAAUGACAUCAUUACUACCAUGUUCAAUAAAAAGUUCAUGGAGGAACUGUUUAAACCACAGGAGCUCUAUUCCAAGAAGGCCCUGAGAACUGUGUACGACCGGCUAGCUCAUGCAUCGAUUAUGAGGUUAAACCAAGCCAGCAUGGAUAAGCUCUAUGAUCUCAUGACCAUGGCCUUCAAGUAUCAGGUUCUACUCUGCCCUCGGCCCAAAGACAUUCUGCUUGUCACUUUCAACCACCUGGAUGCCAUCAAGGAUUUUAUCCAAGAUUCACCCAGCAUUCUGAAUCAAGUUGAUGAGACCUUUCGGCAGCUCAUUGAGACAUAUGGCUCUCUCUCUGAUGGCGAAUUUCAGCUCAUUCGACAAACACUGCUCAUAUUCUUUCAAGACAUGCAUAUUAGGGUCUCCAUCUUCCUAAAAGAUAAAGUACAGAACUCCAAUGGCCGCUUUGUACUACCUACCUCAGGUCCCGUCCCUUGGGGAGCAGAGGUUCCCGGGCUCAUCAGGCAUUUCAACAGUAAAGGAGAUGAAAUUAAAAGGACUGAGUUUGUUCCUGGUGGGAAUUAUGUCCUUCCAUUCCGGGAAGGCUCAUUCGACCUUUAUGGAGACAGAGUCAUUAAAUUGGGAACAAACAUGUAUAGCCUUAGCCGGCCUGUAGAGACACACAUGUCAGGAACAGCCAAAAAUAUGGCAUGUCGCAUAAAGGAGAAUGCCGCUCCCAAUCCUCUAGCCAAAGAAGAGCUGAAUUUUUUGGCCCGGCUGAUGGGCGGCCUUGAGAUAAAGAAGCCUCUGGGCACCGAGGCAGGCUUCCGGCUGAAUCUCUUCACCACAGAUGAAGAGGAAGAACAUGCAGCACUGACACGUCCAGAGGAGCUAUCCUAUCAAGUUGUCAGCAUACAAGCUGACCAGGACCAAGAGCGGAAUGAGGAGCUGAGCCGCAUCAUGGACGAGUUUGAGGUGGCAGAGCAGCCCAGGCAGAGCACCAGCAAGGGAGCUGACUUACUAGCCAUGAUGGACGAGCUGUAAGCCCUGGAGUGACAUUGCCUGGGCAGAAUGGCACACCCAGUCCCUCACAGAGCUCAACCAUCGGCCUCAUACAGAAAAGAAUGGUCACGGAGGCAGUCCCUUUGUGUUGGGUUACACAAGCUGGAUGCCACUGAUGAGGUGCACUUGAUCCACCCUUUCUCUUUGGGGAAAUGAGGGGGUCACUUAGCAGCCUCCUUCCCAUGUUGUCAUGGACUACCUUGUACCCCAUGGGGUUGGUUAGAUGCUUGAGCCGUGAAAGUGGACAUUCGUCCUGCUUUUAAUUUGUGUGUGUUUGUGAAAGAGGCACUGAUUUCCCCAGAUCUCUCUUCUAAUUAGAAAUGCCAACUGUGCAGUAUUGCUAAUUAGUUUGUGAGUGUCUCCUGCUAAGAGGUGAAAGAACAAUUCCUUCAUUCUGAAUUUUAAGAGUACAAACCUGGCGUCAGGGUUGGAUUGGUGUAACAGCCACUUCUUUUUUCUGCAGUGGUAAUAAAGACCAAAAGCAACCUGCUUAUUCCAAAAGUGCUUUACUGAUUGCUAACAUAGUAGUGCUGAUCUGUAAAAACCUGCAGCCUCACAUCAGCUUCUGCUCCUCACCUAAAAUUGCUGUGCUCUUUCUGUAGUGGGGAAGAGUCCAGCAGGGGGCUCCAUGCACUUUCAGCAUUUUUGCCUCUUCCUGAUGCUGUGAUUAAAUCUCUUGUAUUCACUUUAGACAUGUGCCUCUUCAGGGAUACUGGCUGCGGACAAUUAAUUCCAACAACCACACUCACAAAAUCCAUCCUGUGCAUUCACUUUGCAUUAAUCCAUUUGGGCAGAACUGCAUCCUCCGGUUCUCCUCACUUUGCCCAUAAGCAUGCAUUGAAAGCAUAAAAAACUCUCCUCUUACUAGCAUUUCCAUCUUUUAUCUGAAACGACCCUGUUGGGCAGCCAGGACCUCAACCCAUGAGGCUUUCUUAAUUUGUGAACAUAUGAAGCUGCCUUUUCUGAGUUAGACCAUUGGCCCAUCAAGAUCAAUAUUGUCUACUCCGACUGGCAGCGGCUCUCCAAGGUCGCAGGGUCUUUCACUUCACCUGCUACCUGAUCCUUUUUAAACUGGAGCUGCUAGGGAUUGAACCUGGGACUUUCUGCAUGCAAAGCCCAAGAGCUUUGGCCCGCCCUCAUCUCCAUCUUGAAAAGAGCUGCAUCUGAUGAACUUUGGCUAUUGGGCAUCUAUCAAAAACACAAGAACUGUAUUAGGAAAACCCUUAACAUUGCUGGUUGCUGGAAAUGGUGCUUUGUGUGUAAUUAAUUCACAUGCAGUGACCUCAAGUAUGACUCCCAAGUGGAUUCUAGAUCUGGCCUAUUUCUCUACAGCAGCUCUCUGAUAGGAGCCCACAUUUCUUCCCACUGGUAUGAAGCAGAACCUGGUCAAGGGGAAAGGGUCCUUUUGCUUCAAAGAGCUUCUCCCAUCAUAUUAACUAUGCCAUGCCUAUAGAAACUACCUCUUGAAGGCCUAUUUGUUCUGUUUUUACUCUGCUGUUGAAUACAAAAGAUUGGCUCCCAUAGUAAUAUUGACCAAUUUAAAAUAAUCCAUUAAAAGAUAAUUGUAAGGAGGUCUCAAUUCAGGCACGAUAGGAGGAUCAAAAAACAAACCACAGUCCAUGUAAUACCUUUCAUUAGGACUAGCAUGCCUGGCUGCUGGAUUCACUAAUAAAAAGCAGUUGAGGU